AUGGAGCGCCUCCUCGUCGGCCGGGGCGCGUCGUACCGGGGGGCAGCGGCGGCGCCGUCCUCCUCCUCUUGGGUCUUCUUCGCGUGUCUUUUCUUUCUCGCGUGUUUCUUCGUUCUGUUGGGGAAAGGUGCGGAAAAACUCGAAUCUUUCGCCAUCGAAACGACGGGAAGAGACGAGUCGGUGGUCGAAUACAACUCGGUGUUGGCGAGAGCGCACGGGACGGACGCGCCGAGGAUUUUUUCCGGCGGUGGCGUCGUGGAUAAAAUAAAAGAGGCGAGGGAGACGUUUUGGAAAUCGGUUUUCGUGAUGACGAGAGGGAAAGAGGAGGAAGAGGAGGAGGAGGAGAGCAUCGAUGGAAUAUCCAAGAAGAAGGUAAUGAGACAACAACAACAAGACGAGGAUUUCGAUGAAGAGGAAGAAUCCGCGACGAACGCGGACGAUCCUUCGCUUAUGAAAGCAGAGUUGCCGAAAUCGUACGAGAAGGCGUUGCGGAAAGACAUCGAGAAGAUGUUGCGAAAGAUGCCAAAGUUUACGAACAAGACGCUGAAGUCGUCGUCUGCAGGAUGUUUAAGAGACGACGCGUACUCGAAGAGUAAUAGUUUUGGGGGUGGUGGCGUGACGAGCGCGAACGUGCCAACGUUGGAGAUAUUUCCGAAUGCGAACGCGAGGAGUUGGCCGGGGGUAAAUACGGACGUGGACUUUCACGACGGCAAAUUGGACGAAGUUUUAGGCAUCGCCGCUUCGGCGAGCGCGAGGAGCGGCUUUUUUAGAACCGAGGAGGAUGAGAAAACAAACGCACUUCCGACGUGGUAUACGCACGAAAACGGUGACGGAUAUGCGUUUGGGCAGUUGGAAGAAGUGAAUAAUGACGCGAUUGGAUCGUGCGCGAGGAAGAUUUCGGCGGCCAAAGCGGUCGAGGUGCACAAGAAAGAAACGGUAUCGCAACGAAACGCGGUAAAAGCGAACGAUUUUCACGACAAGAAUGUUCACGAAACAAGCGGCGGCGACGAGAAUAGCGAAAGUAGGAAAGUGCAGCGACUAAAGCGGAUUGAAAAUUUAGCGAACGACCCGUGGUUCAUGUUCGUCGGCGACUCGACGACCAGACACCAGUGGAAGACGUUACUAAACACGUUGAGAGAUCAAGGCUAUCGAGUCGCGGCUUCGAGCGUAAAGUGGAAGAAACCGGCGGACAUGGGGAAGAAAGGCGUGGACCCGUCAAAAGAGGCUUUAAAAAAUCGCAAGCGAGACCAGGACGUUAUUCUCAUCGAUAGGAAGGACUACGAUAACGUCCUCGUUUUGAGUUUACGAUUUUUAGUGGGAAACCACGUGGUAAAAGCGGCGGCGACGUGCGCCGAUUUCGUCUUAAACCACGACUACGUCGAAGAUAGAUGGCCGGUGCCAGAGUUUACCGCUGUAAACGACGCAAACUUUGAGCAACAGACGACAGAAAAUGAACACUUUGGUCUCGGCGACCACGAGGCAAAGUUCGCGACGCAAGCGCGUUCACUUUUACGCGGUCGCAUGCCGGCAGGAACGCAACCGAGCGUCAUAGUUUUGAACAGUGGCUUAUGGGAACUUCCUUCGAUGAUUCGUGAACGUCAGUCGGAGUUUCCUUUGAAAAUGGGUGGUCGACGAAACCGCGCGCAUCUUCAACCAAAAUUUACGGAGUACGAAUCCGAAAUGUUUUACGCCAGUAGGCUGUCGCAACUCAUGCGCGUAUUUUCGCCAUCCGUGUGCGGUUUUUCCAACACACUUUUGUGGAGGUCCACGUUUAACUCGCAAAAGAAACACAAAUCAAACGGCGAGUACGUCGCGAGAUUUCACGAGCACGCUAUGUGCGAAGCGAGGAAGAACGGCGUAAAAGUUAUCGACGGGUACGCCAUUCACAACAAACUCGGGAACCCAAACAAGAUGAUUUUAACCGCGAAAGUUCCCAAAGAAGACAAAGUUCACCCAUCCGACGACACGCAAAGAGUAGUGAACCAAGCGAUGCUUUCGUUUUUGUGUCCCAUCAAUACGGAAGAAUAA